AUGUCAACCAUUCCAAAUGAUUUUGUCAAUUUUCUUGUACCUGUUAUUCAAGAAUUUGAUGGAGUUGUAGAACAAGUUCGACAUCGUCAACUUGCACUUGGUAAUUGUCUAACAGCAAUCAAUGACGAAUUAGCUACUCUUUAUAAACAAUGUCCUGGUGAUCGUGAAAUAGAAGAAUAUAUUAGACGAAUUCAUGCAUUACGACAACGUAUGAUUGAAGCUACUAUACAUGUAAAAAUUAUCGAAGAUCGAAUAGGAAAAAUGGAACAAUCAAUAGCUAAAACAAGGACAUGA